UGGCUUUUGGUCAUAAAGAGCUCAUCAUUUCAAGUAUGGACCUAUAUAAAAAACCACUGGGUACUUGAGGCCACAAACUGCGAUCUCUGCUUCAUAAGGCUCUGGUUAUGGAUCAGCUUCCCCACACAGCCCAGCAGCCCCUAUGCUCAGGGACUCCACAGGAGGAUGGUUUUGCAGGACCCCCAGUAGAGUCUGACAGGAUACAAUCAUCUCUUCCUAGCAUCCAGAAAUUUGUUCUUACAGACUAUGCCAGCUACACACAAGAGCAUUAUCAGUUCGCAGGCAAGAAGAUCAUCAUUCAAGAAUCCAUUGAGAACUAUGGCACAGUGGUGUGGCCAGGGGCUACAGCUCUGUGUCAAUAUUUAGAAGACCAUACUGAGGAAUUAAAUCUCCAAGAUGCUAAAAUACUUGAAAUUGGUGCUGGACCAGGCCUUGUUUCCAUUGUGUCCAGUCUUUUAGGUGCUCAAGUCACAGCAACAGACCUGCCCGAUGUUCUAGGAAAUCUUCAAUACAAUAUUUUUAAAAACACACUAGAAUGCACAGCUCAUCUACCUGAAGUGAAAGAACUGGUAUGGGGGGAAGACCUGGAGCAGAGAUUCCCCAAGUCAACCUUUUAUUAUGAUUAUGUCCUGGCUUCUGAUGUUGUUUACCACCACUACUUCCUAGAUAAGCUGCUCGCUACCAUGGUGUACCUUUCCCAGCCAGGCACUGUGGUGCUUUGGGCAAACAAAUUCAGAUUUAGUGCUGAUUAUGAAUUUCUAGGUAAGUUCAAACAAGCUUUUGAUACCACUCUCUUGGCUGAACAUUCAGAGUCAUCAGUCAAGCUGUUUAAAGGAAUUCGAAAAUGGGACUGAAAUAUAGAGCCUUUGAAACAAUCAGUGUCUUGUGAAGCUAUUAGAAGGAACACUAUACCAUACCAGUAUGGCUAGAAUAAAUGCAAUUCAAUAUACAACUUUCUAAAAUGAUAAGAUUAUGUGGUGCCAGUCUGAGUAUCUACAGAAAGUAAACAGAUACACGAAAGUAGCCUUGCUGACUUCUCAAUGUAUUAAGCUCUUAUUUAAGAGCCUAUACAAAGAAGUAAAUGAACAAGUGGGUUCCUCCUUGUU